AUGGAAACGAAAUUGUUGAAGCAUACGAUAAAGUUGCUGGGUACGCUGAACAAGCAAAUGAAUGAGUACUGGCCAUUGAUCUUUCAGUUGCUGGAUAUCCGAAUGGAAGAUUUACCAAGUGCCAGUCCGUGGCGUGGUGCGGAGGAAAUUGAGAUUCAGCCGCAAAAAGAGCUGGAAUGCACGUUCACGAAGCGGAGCACCGUGCCUUUCACCUUUGCAAAGGGCGUGUUGAACAAGCACGUGGUUGUGUCACGCAUUCUGGAUCUCGACAUGCCAUCCACUAACAAAAAUGGAUCAGACGAGAAUCAUGAUUCUCGUUUGACUGAAAAUUGGAAACGCGUUCCUGUGGGUAGUAGCGUACUGGCACUCAAUGGCCUGUCUUGCAGUAAACUGACUGUCGAGGAACUGAGAGGUCUAUUAGAAACCCUUCCUCUUCCUUUUAUGAUUCGGUUUUCGUUGUAUCCCGAAAGCCCAACAAAAAGCUGGCGGCAGCAGAUGAAGCCACAACCCGAAUUUACUACUUUUAUAUUUCGACAAAAAGGACCUUUUGGAUUACGACUACGAGCUCGUCCACUGGCGUCAUGUGGCGUUAUAAUUGUGGGAUUUACUGCAAACUCUGAUGGCAAAAAGUGUUCAGCAGAACUUAGUGACAAAAUUCGGGUCGGUCAACUCCUGACAAAAGUCAACAAUGUCGAUCUGCGCUUCAAAACGCUGUCCGAAGUGUUGGUCAUUCUUCACGACUUAAAAAGUCGUCCUGUGACAAUGCAGUUUGCAACGAGUCCCGAUGCCAUCAUUAAGCUACGUGACUGGCCGCCAAUGAUUGAGACUGAGGACGCAUCUUCGUUUACAUGUGAUGAAGACGACCCAUCGUCUAAUGACAGGCAUCCAGACUACACGAGCUUUGCGGAUAUUAUGGAGGCCCUGCGUGUCAUUGUCAGCAAAAAGGAGCCUAUGCGAGCCGUGUUUGUAAGUCCCGAACACUAUGUUGCGAUGCAAAAAGAGUUCCAGCAACGACGUCUCGUGUACAACAAGAUCGUGGAUCAAUUGAACGAGGGUGAUCAAAAGAAUGAGGAAUGUGAUGAGAGUACGAAAGAGAGCAAAGUACCUGAUGCAGUCGAUUUCACAGCCACGACUACAACGACUGGUAAUGCUUGUGACAUAUUGAGAAAGACCUUGAUGAAGGAGAUCGUAUUUCCGAAAGCUCCACUGGGUAUAUUGUUUGGCAAUUGGAAGGACGAGGCAGUUUGUAUUCGAGCGUUUGUCUCGAGCCCGGGACCAGCAGAGAAAUCAGGGUUGCUUCGCAUUGGACACGCCAUAUUACAAGUGUGUGGACACGCCGUACCACGUGAAGCCACCCCUGGUAUCAUUGAGGAGAUGAUAAUGAAAGUAUCGGCGGAAGAAAGAGCGCAGGACAGUAGCAGCGCUGAUGGUACUACUGCAAUGAAGAGUGCUGAAAAGAAGCCCAAGUAUACAUUGACAGUCCGAAAUCUUGAGCUGGAGCGAGAAUUGAUGAAGUAG